CGCCGGGCGCAGCGGGCUGGGCGCCGGUGGAGGGCGGGGGGUACGAACGGGAACCUCGGCGGUGCCGGGGGGAUGCUCGGGGGAGCCCUCAGGUUCCUGGUGAAAUGAGCAGCAAAGCACCAGCCUCAGGUGUUUGCUGGCAGCUGGGCAAGGUGCACAGGGCUCCUGGGAGCCUGCAGAUCUGUGUUUUUCCUGGGAAUGGAGGUGCCCUUCGUGCUUCUCCUGACCAGGCUGGUGGCAGAAGUUGCAGGAAAAUCCACGGAAAACUCAGUGGCAGCCCCGGGAUGUUGUGUGGAAAUGUUGGAAUCCAACAGCUCCUGCCCGGCCAGCCAGCAGUGCAGCCCAGGAUGCUACCGGAGGUGGAACGAGGACGGGAGCAGCAGCUGCGUCAGGUGCAGGAACCAGAGCCUGGCCAGCCCCUCGGGGCACAACCUCAGCGAGUGCAGGAGCUCUGGGAGCAGAGGGAUGAAUCCCCCGGUGAACGUGAGCUCAACCUUCAUCCAGAACUUCGGGGGCCCCGAAGUCGCCGCCUCUCUGAUCCUGGGGACGUUUCUCCUCAGUUUGUUGCUGAUCCUUUCUGUGGCUUCUUUUUUCUACCUCAAACGAGCCAACAAACUCCCAAAGAUCUUCUACAGGAGGAACAAAGCAUCUGUUCUCCAGCCCAGUGAAACAGCAUCCAUGAUCCCUCCUCCAGCUCCUUCAGUGCGGAAGCCGCGCUACGUCCGCCGCGAGCGCUCGCUGGGCGCGCCCGGCCCCGGCCCCGCCGCCAGCCGGGUCAGCAACGUCUGAGCGCGAGCCCGGAGCGUCCCCGGGCAGCCCGGGAGCUGCUGAUCCCACGGGAAUCCCGAAGGGUUGGUGCCACUCUCACCCCCAGCGCCGCCCGGGGACCUCGGGGGGCUCUGGAGGCUCCUGGUGCUGCUCCGGGGGUUCCUGCCGGAGGAUGGGGGAAUUCCUCAGGGAUUCCGGGGAGUUUGGGUGUUGGGGGAGAAUUCCUGAGGGAUUUGGGGGAUUUCUCCUGUUUGGGGAGAAUUCCUGAGGGAUUUGGGGGAUUUUCCCUGUUUGGAGAGAAUUCCUGAGGGAUUUGGGGGAUUUCUCCUGUUUGGGGAGAAUUCCUGAGGGAUUUGGGGGAUUUCUCCUGUUUGGGGAGAAUUCCUGAGGGAUUUGGGGACUCGUGGAGAGAAUCCUUUGGGAAUUUGGGGGACUUUCCCUGUUUGGAGAGAAUCCUUUGGGAAUUUGGGGGAUUUUCCCUGUUUGGAGAGAAUCCUUAAGGAAUUUGGGGGAUUUCUCCUGUUUGGGGAGAAUUCCUGAGGGAAUUCCUCAGGGAUUCCGGGGAGUUUGGGUGUUGGGGGAGAAUUCCUGAGGGAUUUGGGGGAUUUCUCCUGUUUGGGGAGAAUUCCUGAGGGAUUUGGGGGAUUUCUCCUGUUUGGGGAGAAUUCCUGAGGGAUUUGGGGACUCGUGGAGAGAAUCCUUAAGGAAUUUGGGGGAUUUUUCCCUGUUUGGAGAGAAUCCUUUGGGAAUUUGGGGGAUUUUCCCUCUUUGGAGAGAAUCCUUUGGGAAUUUGGGGGAUUUUCCCUGUUUGGAGCAAAUCCUUUGGGAAUUUGGGGGAUUUUCCCUGUUUGGAGAGAAUCCUUUGGGAAUUUGGGGGAUUUUCCCUGUUUGGAGAGAAUCCUUUGGGAAUUUGGGGGAUUUUCCCUGUUUGGAGAGAAUCCUUUGGGAAUUUGGGGGAUUUUCCCUGUUUGGAGAGAAUCCUUUGGGAAUUUGGGGACUUUCCUUGGGAUGUGACCCCAAACUGGAGCCCCCAGAAUCCUUUGGGAUUUGGGAUGUGGAUCCAUUCCGGGCUGGACACUUGGCAAAGGGAUCCUCUCAAGUGCCACUGCUUUAACCUGGGACAGCAAUUAAUUAUGCUAAUUAAUUAUGCUAACUAACCAUGCUAAUUAAUUAUGACAAUAAUUAAGAUGCAGAAUCCUUUGGAAGCAAAUCCCAGAUCCCACUGGGAGCAUUUCCCCGCUCUCCUGCUGCUCAAUCCAGGCCUGAUCCCAAAUCUUGGGAUAUUUUUGGGAAUUUUUCCAGCUCAGUCCUUGGGUUCAGUGUUCUCCAAGGGAUAACCCGUUCCUGGAUUUGGGAAUUCCUGCUUUUGGGGCACUCAGGGAUUUUUGGGAUGAGCCUCAGGGAUCGGGACAACUCCUGCCAGUGGGAAAAUGGGAUUGUGGGUGUGGGAAAUCCCUGGAAUCGGAGCUCCAGAGGCAUUCCCCAAUCCCAGCCUCAGCCUCUCCCAUGGAUCUCAUUCCUGAUGGGGAAAUUUGGGAUUGUGGGUGUGGGAAAAUGGGAUUGUGGGUGUGGGAAAUCCCUGGAAUCGGAGCUCCAGAGGCAUUCCCCAAUCCCAGCCUCAGCCUCUCCCAUGGAUCUCAUUCCUGACUGAGAAAUUUGGGAUUGUGGGUGUGGGAAAAUGGGAUUGUGGGUGUGGGAAAUCCCUGGAAUUGGAGCUCCAGAGGCAUUCCCCAAUCCCAGCCUCAGCCUCUCCCAUGGAUCUCAUUCCUGAUGGGGAAAUUUGGGAAGUUCCAAGAGCUGGAAAAGGAUUUUUGUUCCUGGCUGGGUCUCCCUCCUGCAGCUUUUCCAUCCAAGCCUGAGGGUCCUAAAUCCAUGGAAAAGUCCUAAAUCCAUCCUAAAUCCAUGGCAAAGUCCUAAAUCCAUCCUAAACCCAUGGAAAAGUCCUAAAUCCAUGGAAAAGUCCUAAAUCUGUUCUAAAUCCAUGGAAAAGUCCUAAAUCCAUCCUAAAUCCAUGGCAAAGUCCUAAAUCCAUCCUAAACCCAUGGAAAAGUCCUAAAUCCAUGGAAAAGUCCUAAAUCCAUCCUAAAUCCAUGGCAGAGUCACUGUCACCCCCUGGAAUUGCAGCUUUUCCUCCUGACUGGGCUGGAUCUGGGAUCCAUCCCAAAUCCACCCCAAAUCCAUCCCAAAUCCACCCCAAAUCCAUUCCAAAUCCACCCCAAAUCCACCCCAAAUCCACCCCAAAUCCAUCCCAAAUCCACCCCAAAUCCAUCCCAAAUCCAUCCCAAAUCCAUCCCAAAUCCAUCCCAAAUCCACCCCAAAUCCACCCCAAAUCCACCCCAAAUCCACCCCAAAUCCACCCCAAAUCCAUCCCAAAUCCACCCCAAAUCCAUCCCAAAUCCACCCCAAAUCCAUCCCAAAUCCACCCCAAAUCCAUCCCAAAUCCAUCCCAAAUCCACCCCAAAUCCACCCCAAAUCCACCCCAAAUCCACCCCAAAUCCAUCCCAAAUCCACCCCAAAUCCACCCCAAAUCCCUGGAAUUUCUCUGUCCCCCAGGAAUUCCAGCUCUGAGCUGGGAACUUUGGUUCUCCCCUUUUUUCCCAGUUUUUUUAAUGGGAAAAUGAGAACUCUUGGAUCUGCUCCCAGCUGGAGAACCCACAUUUCCCUGGGGUUCAAACCUUCCAGGAGGAGAAUUUGGGAUGGGAAGAAAUCCAAUUAUCCCAUGGAAUAAUCCCAUUUUUUCUGGGAAUUUUGGGGCAGCUGGAUUUGCUUUUAUCUCCUUAAAAACAAAGUGAUUUAAGUGGAAUUUUUAGGGAUAAACCCCAAAUCAUGGACAAGCUCCUGUGCCAAAAAAUUCCAAAUUUUUCCUCUUUAUUAUGAUAAAUAAAAUUCUUUUCCUCCUGGCCAAGGAAUUCCAGUUGAAAUUCCCAAUUUUUUGGAGGAUUUGGGAAAUUCCAACUUGGAAUUUUGAUAAUUUCCUUUUUUUUUUUUUUUUGUGCUGCUGAGAUUUUUUUUCCCUUCCCAAGUAGGAAGGUUUUAUCCUGGAAUUCAGAAUUCCUGAGGAUUUUCUGCAUUCCAAAGGGGGAAAAAAAAAAAGGAGGAACUAUGCAAAUAAUUCCAAGGAGCUGGGAAUUCCUGUGUGUCAAUUCCUGUCCUGCUUAAUUGCUGAAAUUUUAAUUUAUUGAAGGAUCAGCUCCUUUUUCUGUCUCUUCUCGUGUGGGAUUUGUUUUGAUUGUUGUCUAAAAAUGGGAUUUGUGACCUUAAAAGUGGGAUUUGUGUAAACAUCUAAAAAUCUAAUUCUGUGUGUGAUUAAAAUCGAGUUUUUCUCAGUGAUUUUUUUACCCAGAAAAUAAAAAAAUCCCAAGAUUUUUACCCCAAA